CAAAACCGCUCCUUAAGAUCCGUUGAAGUCUCUAUUCUUCACUAUUUCCGAACCCUUUCUUUCUCCUCUCUGCAAUGCCAAUGGCGAUUUACAGAAAUCCGAAGAACAGAUCAAAACCCAGAUCCCCAAUUCUCCUACUCGCCGUCUCCAUCGCAGUCGUCGGAUUCUUCUGCGUCUUCUCAUCGUCAAUCUCCACCUUCGGAUUCUCGAUCCCCACAGCAAAAACCGUGAGGAAUCUGUUGAAGGACAAGAAGCAGAGGCCGUUUCCGGAGAAGUAUUUGUAUUGGGGAGAUCGGAUCGAUUGCCCGGGGAAGCAUUGCGAUUCGUGCGAGGGAUUGGGCCAUCAGGAAUCGAGCCUGCGGUGCGCUCUCGAAGAAGCUAUGUUUCUUCAAAGGGCUUUCGUGAUGCCUUCUAGAAUGUGCAUCAAUCCAAUACACAACAAGAAGGGGAUCCUCCAUCAGACCAACAAUGUGAGUUCUGAGGAAAGAUGGGCAGUGAACUCCUGUGCCAUGGACUCGUUGUAUGAUUUGGACCUCAUAUACGACACAGUGCCAGUAAUUCUAGACAAUUCAAAAAUGUGGUACCACGUACUAUUAACAAGUAUGAAGCUUGGACACAGGGGAGUGGCCCAUGUGGAAGGAAUCAGUAGAGUCGAUCUCAAAGAAAAUAGAUCCUACUCAAAUUUGUUGCUGAUAAACCGUACUGCAAGCCCUCUUUCAUGGUUUAUGGAGUGCAAGGAUCGAAACAACCGUAGUGCAAUUUCCUUGCCGUAUUCAUUUCUUCCUAAGAUGGCAGCCAGUAAACUAAGACAUGCAGCAGAUCAGAUUAAAAGGCUGCUUGGUGAUUAUGAUGCAAUACAUGUGCGCCGUGGUGACAAGAUAAAGACAAGAAAAGACAGGUUUGGUGUCAAUCGUACUCUCCACCCUCAUCUGGAUAGGGAUACCCGCCCUGAAUUCAUUGCCUCAAGAAUCGAGAAGUGGGUCCCACGAGGCCGAACUCUCUUCAUUGCUUCGAACGAGAGAUCACCUGGGUUCUUCUCACCUCUAUCUGCCAGGUAUAAAUUGGCAUAUUCUUCGAACUACAGCAGCGUUUUGGAUCCGGUGGUCAAGAAUAAUUAUCAGUUGUUCAUGAUUGAACGGCUAGUUUUGAUGGGUGCAAGAACUUUCAUAAAGACAUUCAAGGAAGAUGGGACUGAUCUGAGCCUAACAGACGAUCCAAAGAAGAAUGCCAAGAGCUGGCAGAUACCUGUUUAUACCAAAGAUGAUGGGGGAAGCUGAGUUACUCAGCCAAUUGUUCCUAUGUUUUCAGCCCAUUAGGAUUGCCGCUUGCAGGCGCCAACUGCAGAAACACAAGCACCCCCAAGAUUUCAAUGUAGCACACAUGUUCAAGAUCCGGACCGUUUAUCAGGUAGAUCCCAUUGCUGAUGUGUCCUAGACAAAGAAAAAAGGUUGAUAGGCAUUCAGGUGGUCCACACGUGCAUCAAUCAUGGACCAUCGGUUAUCCUUAAAUCAAUUAUCGGUUUUUGGGUGUAUCCACUGUGGGGCCCAUCUGAUGAAACAGCCUGGGUGUCGCACAGUCGUUCCCCCGCUGGCAAGAAUCUACAGUCAAUGGGCACUUGCAAGUAGUAUUCCUCUUCGGCUCGAUUCCUUUAAGGUAAACACCAUCUCUUACCUCAUUCUUUCCUUUUCUUUAGCCCUUCUCCCCCUACCAAACAACAUAGAGAAGAGAGUAUUGGGGAGAAAGAGAAUGCAUUUGUUCUGCUCGAGUUUUGUAAAAUGCAAUCUCAAUUGUGUCGUGUUUGGCAAAGAAAAUGUCAUUACAGUUGCUUGAAUUUUCGGAAAGAGUAGUCCGUUUCGCUUGUCACACUAAUAUGCGGAUUAUGUAUUCUUAAUAUUUAUAUGAAAUAGCAAUUUGGGUUUUGGUUAUUAUUAUGGUCACAA